CAUCAACAUUACCCUCUACCACACGGCACGAUUGAUUUUAAAAUUCCAUGCUCCGAGGGUUUGUCCUGCUCGUGUAAGGUUAACCGCACGACAGCCUCCAAUAAUGGAUGUUGACACUGCCAGUGACAACACUUCAAUCGACGACAAAACCGAGGAUUUCUGUGAGAACCCGACUCGAGAUGCCUUGACAGAGGGUCUCAUGAGCCUGCUCAAGCCGACAGUCGAUCAGCUGGACGAGCGCAUUCGAGCGACGAGAAUAAGUCAGAUAGAGCUGAAGCAGCAGAUCGAGUCGUUGACCGAGGAGCUCGUGAAGAUCUCCGAGUACCUGCAGUGUCCCUUCGAGCUCGACAGUUACGUGAAGAAGCUGGUGAACGCCAAGCAACGAGUGACAGUAGUCAGCAACAUUCUCCAAACCACCCAGGAACGAUUGAACAAGGUGCACGACGCAGUGGAGAAGGACACAGCAAAGAGAAAAGCCCUGCUGGACCACAGUCCCAUGUACAGCACCUCCCGAAGCUCUCAGGACCUUCCGGAGGCUGAAGAAACUACCCCUGGGCCUUCAGAAACCGAUCCAGCAGAGUAACUCCUCUUUCCCAAAGAAAAAAAAUCAGAGAACAGAUUGAAUCAUUCGAAUAUCAUUUGAAAAAUGGAAACUCCAAUAGU